AUGCAUGCGCCAGGGUCUGUGAUGGACGUAUAUGAAGCUGCGUUCUGGCCCUUUCUCGACCGCCGCUUGGUCUGCACCGUCGUCCCGAACGAAGCACGGCUUCGCGCCUUGCAGCAGCUCAGUCGAGGACGCGCGUUCCGUCAACCCGGCAUCAGCUCCCGCCCCGAGCUCGCGACGGGACCUCGCUCGACGAAGAAAGCUUUAAUGCCGCCGGUGUCGGCCCAGGAGGAGACAGCGGCUGUGCCAAGCGACGUCCCAGAACGCCCCGGCUACCCGUUGGAGUCACCGUCUCAAGGAUCCACUUUCGUGCCUGCCGAUACUGUCGAUAUGGCGCACUCCGCCUCCUGCGAUUGCGCUACCGCUUCGGAGCAACGCGCUGUUCCGAAACAGAGCGCGCCUUCAGAGCCAUGUCUGGCUCGAGCGGCACCGACAGCGUCUGACCCAGUCGACCCUCCUCAACGUCCGCGACCAGACGGUUUAGGAAGCGCUGCCUUGGGUUUGCUUGGAAUACACUGCGAGCUGUUUCUCUCGUAA